AUGGGCAAUACGCCGCCGACGCGAAUGUCCCAGGAAGGCAUAGAGUUCCUGAAGUACCAGGAAGGAUUCAAGAGCGAGUUUAGCCAGGACGGCAGAAGCGCAGCAAGUGGACAGUCGAUUGGCUUCGGUAUCAACAGCAAUGCAAAUUCUAUAAUCUGCGCCCAAAUUAAAGAAGAAUUCCAAAGGACAGGCAAACCCCUCAGCAAAGAGCAGGGGGAGGUUUAUCUGAAGCAAGUCCUACCGCAAUACGAGAAAGCUGUUAGCAGCCUUGAAAACUCGGACAAGCUGAGCCAGAAUGGGUUCGACGCGCUCGUGAGCCUCGCCUACCAUAAAGGAGGGACAGGAAUGAGGAAAACGGUCGGAGAAUACAUGAAGACACAGGAUAUGAAGGGCGUCUACAAAGCAGUCAAAAAUGACCAGACAACAAGCAAAGCCGGGGAGACAUAUUCCAAAAGGAGACUGGAUGAAGCCGAGCUAUUCAGAUCAAGCAACGGUUACAACUCCACCAUCAAGGAAGGGAGAAAGACCGGAUGA